AUGGUGGCACUCGCUGAGCUCCUGGCUGCCCUCCUGGCCACAGCCUCGGGCUACUUUGUCAGUGUCGAUGCACAUGCUGAGGAGUGCUUCUUCAAGCGGGUCACCUUGGGCACCAAGAUGGGCCUCAUCUUUGAGGUGGCUGAGCGUAGCUUCCUGGACAUCGACGUGGAGAUUACAGGGCCUAAUAAUAAGCAAAUUUAUAAAGGAGACUGGGAGUCCAGUGGGAAAUACACAUUUGCUGCUCACAGGGAUGAAACAUAUAAGUUUUGUUUUAGCAAUAGAAUGUCCAACAUGAUUCCAAAGAUAGUGAUGUUCACCGUUGAUAUUGGGGAGGCCCCAAAAGGACAAGACAUGGAAACAGAAGCUCACCAGAACAAGCUAGAAGAAAUGAUUAAUGAGCUCACAGUGGCAAUGACAGCUGUAAAGCAUGAACAGGAAUACAUGGAAGAUCGGGAGAGAAUAUACAGAGCAGUCAAUGACAGCACAAACAGCAGAGUGGUCCUUUGGUCCUUCUUUGAAGCUCUUGUUCUAGUUGCCAUGACAUUGGGACAGAUCUACUACCUGAAGAGAUUUUUUUGUAGUCUGGAGGGUUGGUUAAAAAGCCUUUUCCUGGGGCUUCCCUGGUGGCGCAGUGGUUGAGGGUCCGCCUGCCGAUGCAGGGGACGCGGGUUCGUGCCCCGGUCCGGGAGGAUCCCACAUGCCGCGGAGCGGCUGGGCCCGUGAGCCAUGGCCGCUGAGCCUGCGCGUCCGGAGCCUGUGCUCCGCGACGGG